GUUUAUAUAAAUAUUGGCUGCAUUUAAUAUGAUUCAAUUAGUAAGUUCCUAGUAUUCACACAAGACAGCACACAUAUUCCCACCAACUAACGCAAUGAAUAAAUUGUUAAAAAGAUGAGCUUUUAUAAGCUUGGAAUUAGUCGACAACUUCUUCCACGUUGAUAAUAUAUUAAGUUUGUUCUUACAUUCGAACCCGCAGAAACAACUUGAUUAAGAAGUCAGCGACAUCAGACCUGUAAAUAAAUCGUGGAUGUUUAAAAAUGACAAUAGUUGUGAUAACUACCUUUUCAAUCGUUACGUACAAACAGACUGUUCAGUUUUAAAUUCUUCUGUGUAUUUUCUCGGUUUAUUGUCAUGGAACCAGAUGUGAAUAAAAAUAUACCCAGUGUGUCCGAAGUGGUUGAUAAUAAUGAAAGAACUAGUUAUCCGGCAACUACAGUUAAAGCUGAGGAAGGAAACACUGUAAUAACUAAAAGCUUAACUAAGAAAUUCACAUGGAAACAAAAAUGUACACUGGUGAUGUUACUGGCGGCGGAUUUCAUGUGUUAUUGUUCAAUGUCGAUCAUGGCACCGUUUUAUCCACAAGAAGCUGCAAAUCGAGGAAUGACACAGUCAAUGGCAGGCUUUGUUUUUGGAUAUUUCGCUUUAGUUGUUUUUCUAUCAUCCCCGGUGUUCGGUAAAAUUUGUCCAAGAGUGGGUGUUAAAUUUUUAUUUAUUGUUGGACUAUUCACAUCAGGGAUAUGUACUGUGAUAUUUGGAACGUUACAUCACAUAGAAGAUUACAGUGGUUUCACAACAUUGUCAUUUGUUAUACGAGGCAUUGCUGCCUUAGGGUCUAGUGCCUACUCAACUGCCGCUUAUGUGAUAGUAAUGAAUACUUUUCCCGAUAAUGCUGGUGCUAUCAGAGGAAUUUUAGAAACUUUUGUAGGAUUGGGAUUGUGUGCAGGUCCAGGAAUUGGCGGCGUACUUUUUGAUAUCGGAGGCUUUGGCCUACCAUUUUACGUAGUAGGAAUAGUUUCGGUUUUAAUAGCUCCAAUAAACUUGUGCAUACUGGAAAAACCGCAAAAAUUAAAGAUAGACGCUAAUUCUGGUUCUCUAACUAGUCUGUUGAAAUUAACACCAAUAAUGAUGACAUGUUUCAUCAUGAUUGUGGUAUCAAUGACAUGGGGAUUUUUAGAUCCAACUUUGGAACCUCAUUUGAGUAAGAAAUUUUCUCUGUCCAAUACAAUGAUAGGAUUGUUAUUCCUAAUGAUGUCUGGAACAUAUGCGAUCUCCUGUCCGUUUUGGGGAUGGUUGACAGACAAACUAGAUGUUUAUUGGUGGUUGAUGACCGUAGGGUUGUUUGGAAACUCUGUGAUAUUAUUAUUUUUAGGACCAUGUUUAGGUUUUCUGCCAGAACCUUUAUGGCUGAACAUGGUGAGUCUCUCACUCUUAGGAAUAACUGUAGGCAUGUCGUUAAUGCCUACGUAUCAGUUCAUUUUGGACAGUGCUUUGGAAAAUGGAUACACUGAUGACAUAGCUACUCAUUCAGUGAUAGCUGGUUUGUGGUCAUCUGUCUAUUCGCUAGGUGAAGUCCUUGGUCCAGUUCUCGGAGGAUCUCUUAUGCAACAUUACGAUUUUUCCAAUACCUGUGCUACAUUUGCAGCACUGAAUUUGAUCGUAGGAGCAUUAACAACACUAUUUCUUAUGAACAGAAAACAGCUAUCAUUUAAAGGAAAUAUUUUAAGUGUUUUUACAAAACCUGAGAUUUAUCAAAACGGUACUGCGGAUAUUAUUAUUGAAAAAGAGCAGAAGAGGACAGAAAAUAUUAAAACAAAAUAAUGAAAAGAUUAUUAAAUGAUACCCUAGUGCGAGUUUGUUUUAGUAUUUAUUUGUAAAUUGGUAUUUAUUAAAUGGCAGGAAAAAAUAUAAAAAAUUCUAAUAUUAGGAUUUUUUGACGUUUGUUUUCAAACCAAAGUGAAAUUUUCCUGAUUUUUAAAAAUGUAUUACGAUCAUUUUGUUUGUCUUUAGAUUUAUCUAAACAAUGAAUUGUUAAUACUGUCCUUUAUUGCUUUACAUUUUAUUCCCGGAAUAAACCAUGUUUAAGUAUAUAAGUACAAUAUUUUUUCAACAUCACAUGAAAAUAAAAAAAAUAUCAAGAGAGCCAGUCUAUGAAAAUAUAUAUUUCUAAUUACUGUGAAUACAUUAUGAUACUACUACCUGAUUAAUAAUAAGAUAAAAAACUAUUUUGUUUUCUUUACAAAUUGAAAUUUCUACUUGCACGUCUCUCAGUCGAAAUAAUAGUUUCUGGUUUUAAAGUCAGUUAUUUGGCUGAGAUAAACGUGAAAACUGUUAUCGCAUAUUUCAAAGUAGAUAUUUCGGAUAUCAUUUUUUUCUUAUCUAAAUUACUCAACUUAGAUUCAAAUCUUUGCAGGGGUCUUACUAAUUAAUAUACGUAUCUUGUGGAUUUAGCUUUUAGUUAUACUAAAUGGCUAUACUCAUCAGAUCAUGCUAGAGAUAAAGUAAACAUUCAAAGGUCCCGUUGAAAGUCACUGUAGUGGCUAAAAUAACUCCAUCAUUGUAUAACGUUGUAUAGAUAGUGAAAUAUUGAACUUUUCAUACUCAAUACGAGGCUCUCCACAAUUUAUAAAAUUUUUUUCAGUAGCUAUUGUUCAAUAUAAAAUCAAAAAUCUCAUUUAUCAAACGUAUGAUAUACAAUUGAAAGAUAAUUAACAAGUAAUCAAUUUUAUUGACAAUCUGUCAAAACUAUUUAUUCUAAAACCAGUACAUUGGAGAAUUUGCCAUUUUUAACUAUAAAUAUUCACUAGUUUUUCUUAUUUGAAGCGUUUUAUUCUUCAUCUAAAAAUAUUUAACGCUGACACUAAACCCUACCAAGAAUCCAUACCAAGGUACGUAAUAUAUAAGUUUCAUUUUAGUUAUCUUCUUUCAUUACCCCGAAGGUAGAUCCAAUAUUCAUUAUUUGUCAUUGAAAUCAUUAUAAUACAAUCCCAAUCCUCUAACGCUCAUUAUCAAUAAAUAUCUCACACAUUAUUUGUGAAAUUUUCUUUUUAAUGAUUUCUGAAAAUAUUCUAAAAAAUAUAUUCUCAGUUGUACUAACUUUCAAAAAUAAGUCAUCAAACUCAUAGAUCGUAAAAAUGGAAAUUCAUGUAUUAUAUGGAUAUUAAAAAAAAUGUAUUCAUAUAGUAAAUUAUCAUUUACAACAUUUUCUAAUAUUAAAAGAGCACCUUCAAUGUUUUGUAUAUAUAGGUUAAUGCUGAAUAGUUUCUUUUCUAUCCACAGGGAAAAAUAUACUUAUCAGUGAAUUAAGAAGCAAUACGAGUAAUAUUAAUAAACCAUGUUUUGAUAUUUCUCAGUUAACGUGUAAAUAUUAGUUGUAAUAUAUACCACAGCAUAAAAA